AUGAUAUCUCUCUCGGGUCGGCCUGUGCUCACCAAGUUUCAUCGCAAGCUCACCGGCAGCGGCCAGUAUGUGUGGAGUCGCAGCCUUCUAUACCCGAGCGCAUGCUGGCAGCCGGCCGCAGUUGUCAAUAGCCCUCGACCGGCGUCGUCAAGACCCUUCACUUCGAUCCCAGCCUGUCGGUCGGAAAGCUGUUCAGGUGGAUCCCUCGGAGGUAGAAGCAGGCCUAGCAGCGGCUGCUGGAAGGUGUGGAGGCCCCCAGUCACUAAGCUGGAGGAGUCUGAGGUCCCGAGUGAAACGGAGCCUGGAAGUAGGAGGAGUUUUGGUGAUCUUAGAGAGAAAAAUUCAGAUAAUACAGAAGAGGAGGAAGACCCAGGGAGGACGGCGAACGUUGUGGGAGACGAAGACUUGCGGCCGGAUCUAGGGACGAGUUCUCAAGCGUCAAAAGUCGGGCCCUGUUACAGCCGUUGCUAUUCAGCCAGCACCAAAGCCGAACAAGCCAGCCACGGCUCUCCGAACGAUGCUGGGCUUCCGGUUGGCGACCAGAUUCAGUGCCUCUUGCCAGCGCAUGAACUGCUGGAAGAGGCACCAGCAAGAGUCGGACACUCAGCCUGCGAGUCUCACUCCCAUUCUCAUUCUCAUCCUCAUCACCACCAUCAUCAUCAUCAUCACCGCAGUCGCAGUCGAACUCCUCUUGAUUCUUUUCAUUCCCUUCGGGUUAAGCAGACCAAUCGGCAUCGGACAAACCAAAUGUCACCUGCCUGCCCACAGCGUCAGCCACACGAGCAACAACAGCAACAACCACCUCAGAAAUCACGUCAACAGAAGAAAAGACGUCGGAGAGUAAGAGAAGGCGAAGUCUUGGAGUCUUCAAAAUCAUUUGGGUUAUUGACUUCUGCAGAUAAAGACAAAGGGGAUACAGACAAUGUGUUGGGCGAUGGUGAAGAAUUCAACAGAAUGGACAACCACACAGAAUGGCAGGCAACAAACACACCUCAGGCAGGACGAUGUCCUCAAUUGAUGGGCUGUCGGCGAUUCAGCAUCCUGGUUUGUUGCCAUGAGAUUGCACACUACGUAUGCAGCUCUGAGCUUGGUGAACACGUAGGUGCGCCCGUCCAUCGUUGCCCGCCCACCAGCCGCGCUCUUCUGCGCACCGAAUCACUAUCCAGCGACCCUCAGCCUUCAUCCUGCAAAGGUAGGCACUGUAGCCAAAGUCAUGACCAGCCAGAUCAUAUUGUGCCAACUGAGAGCCCGUGA